UAGUGUGGGGAAGAUGGCGGACGCAGCUGUCGUGGUUCCCGUAGAGUGGAUAAAGAACUGGGAGAAAUCAGGGAGAGGCGAAUUUUUGCAUUUAUGCCGGAUCCUCAGUGAAAAUAAAAGCCAUGAUAGUUCGACUUGUAGAGAUUUCCAGAAAGCUCUUUAUGAGUUAUCAUACCAUGUCAUUAAAGGAAAUCUAAAGCAUGAACAGGCAUCUAAUGUUCUUAAUGACAUUAGUGAAUUUCAUGAGGAUAUGCCCUCCAUUCUUGCUGACGUAUUCUGCAUAUUAGAUAUUGAGACAAAUUGUUUAGAAGAAAAAAGCAAGAGAGACUAUUAUACACAAUUGGUAUUAGCAUGUUUGUAUUUAGUUUCAGACACAGUUCUAAAGGAACGCUUGGAUCCAGAAACAUUGGAAUCGUUAGGACUUAUCAAACAAUCACAGCAAUUCAAUCAAAAGUCAGUUAAAAUCAAGACAAAACUCUUUUAUAAGCAGCAAAAAUUUAAUUUGUUAAGAGAAGAAAAUGAAGGUUAUGCCAAGCUGAUUGCUGAAUUGGGGCAAGAUUUAUCUGGAAAUACUACCAGUGAUUUAGUCUUAGAAAAUAUCAAAUCUUUAAUAGGAUGCUUUAACCUGGAUCCCAAUAGAGUUCUGGAUGUCAUUUUAGAAGUGUUUGAAUGCAGGCCAGAACACGAUGACUUCUUUAUAUCUGUAUUAGAAUCUUACAUGAGUAUGUGUGAACCGCAAACACUGUGUCAUAUUCUUGGGUUCAAAUUCAAGUUUUACCAGUUUUGGCUGCAUUGGGUCUUCGUUGCUGCGUGCUGGCUUUCUCUAGUUGCGGAACCAAAUGGAGAGACUCCUUCAUCUUUGUACAGAGUUGCAGCAGUGCUUCUACAGUUUAAUCUUAUUGAUUUAGAUGAUCUUUAUGUACAUCUUCUUCCAGCUGAUAAUUGCAUUAUGGAUGAACACAAACGAGAAAUUGUAGAAGCUAAGCAGAUUGUUAGAAAACUUACAAUGGUUGUACUGUCUUCCGAUAAAAUUGACGAACGAGAGAAAGAAAAGGAAAAAGAAGAGGAGAAAGUGGAGAAGCCACCUGACAACCAAAAACUUGGUUUGUUGGAAGCCUUGUUAAAGAUUGGUGAUUGGCAGCAUGCACAGAACAUUAUGGAUCAGAUGCCGCCAUACUAUGCAGCUUCACAUAAACUAAUAGCCCUUGCUAUUUGCAAGCUUAUUCAUAUAACUAUUGAGCCUCUCUACCGAAGAGUUGGCGUUCCUAAAGGUGCUAAAGGCUCACCUGUUAAUGCUUUGCAAAAUAAGAGAGCACCAAAACAAGCAGAGAGCUUUGAAGAUUUGAGGAGAGACGUCUUCAAUAUGUUCUGUUACCUUGGUCCUCACCUUUCUCAUGAUCCCAUUUUAUUUGCAAAAGUGGUGCGGAUAGGCAAGUCGUUUAUGAAAGAGUUUCAGUCUGAUGGAAGCAAACAAGAAGAUAAAGAGAAGACGGAAGUUAUCCUUAGCUGCUUGCUUAGCAUUACUGACCAGGUAUUACUUCCAUCUCUUUCUUUGAUGGACUGCAAUGCUUGUAUGUCUGAGGAACUGUGGGGAAUGUUUAAAACAUUUCCAUAUCAGCAUAGAUAUCGUCUGUAUGGCCAGUGGAAGAAUGAAACUUACAACAGUCAUCCACUUUUAGUAAAAGUUAAAGCUCAAACAAUAGACAGAGCCAAAUAUAUCAUGAAGCGUCUAACCAAGGAAAAUGUGAAGCCUUCUGGAAGACAAAUUGGGAAGUUGAGCCACAGCAAUCCAACCAUUUUGUUUGAUUAUAUCUUGUCACAAAUACAGAAGUAUGAUAACUUAAUAACACCUGUAGUAGAUUCAUUGAAAUACCUCACUUCGUUGAAUUAUGACGUCUUGGCCUAUUGUAUCAUUGAAGCUUUAGCUAAUCCAGAAAAGGAGAGGAUGAAACAUGACGACACAACCAUCUCAAGCUGGCUUCAGAGUCUGGCUAGUUUCUGUGGUGCAGUUUUUCGUAAAUAUCCAAUUGAUCUUGCUGGUCUUCUUCAAUAUGUGGCUAAUCAGCUAAAGGCAGGCAAAAGUUUUGACCUGCUUAUAUUGAAAGAAGUGGUGCAAAAAAUGGCAGGAAUAGAAAUUACAGAAGAAAUGACAAUGGAGCAACUAGAGGCCAUGACUGGUGGAGAGCAACUAAAAGCUGAGGGUGGUUACUUUGGCCAGAUAAGAAACACUAAAAAAUCCUCCCAGAGAUUAAAGGAUGCACUAUUAGACCAUGAUCUUGCUCUUCCUCUCUGUUUGCUUAUGGCUCAGCAGAGGAAUGGGGUAAUCUUUCAGGAAGGUGGAGAGAAACAUUUGAAACUUGUGGGAAAGCUCUAUGAUCAGUGUCAUGAUACCCUGGUACAGUUUGGUGGGUUUUUAGCGUCUAAUCUAAGCACAGAAGAUUAUAUAAAGCGAGUGCCUUCAAUUGAUGUGCUCUGUAAUGAAUUUCACACACCCCAUGAUGCAGCAUUUUUCCUGUCUAGGCCAAUGUAUGCACACCAUAUUUCGUCAAAGUAUGAUGAACUUAAAAAAUCAGAGAAGGGAAGUAAACAGCAACAUAAAGUUCACAAGUACAUUACAUCAUGUGAAAUGGUGAUGGCUCCUGUCCAUGAAGCAGUGGUUUCCUUACAUGUUUCCAAAGUCUGGGACGACAUCAGCCCUCAAUUCUAUGCCACAUUCUGGUCAUUGACAAUGUAUGACCUUGCAGUUCCACAUACCAGCUAUGAACGGGAAGUCAAUAAACUUAAAGUCCAGAUGAAAGCAAUUGAUGACAAUCAGGAAAUGCCUCCAAAUAAAAAGAAAAAAGAGAAGGAGCGAUGUACUGCCCUUCAGGACAAGCUUCUUGAAGAAGAAAAGAAACAGAUGGAACAUGUACAGCGAGUGCUACAGAGACUGAAACUGGAAAAGGACAAUUGGCUUUUAGCAAAAUCUACCAAAAAUGAGACCAUCACAAAAUUUCUACAGCUGUGUAUAUUUCCUCGAUGUAUUUUUUCAGCAAUUGAUGCUGUUUACUGUGCUCGUUUUGUUGAAUUGGUACAUCAACAGAAAACUCCAAAUUUUUCCACACUUCUUUGCUAUGAUCGAGUUUUCUCUGAUAUAAUUUACACAGUUGCAAGCUGUACUGAAAAUGAAGCUAGUCGAUAUGGGAGAUUCCUUUGCUGCAUGUUAGAGACUGUGACCAGGUGGCACAGUGAUAGAGCCACAUAUGAAAAGGAAUGUGGAAAUUAUCCAGGAUUUCUUACUAUAUUACGGGCAACUGGUUUUGAUGGUGGAAAUAAAGCUGAUCAAUUAGACUAUGAAAAUUUUCGACACGUUGUACAUAAAUGGCAUUACAAACUAACCAAGGCAUCGGUACAUUGCCUUGAAACAGGCGAAUAUUCUCACAUCAGGAAUAUCUUGAUUGUGCUAACAAAAAUACUUCCUUGGUACCCAAAAGUUUUGAAUCUGGGUCAGGCUUUGGAAAGAAGAGUGCAUAAAAUCUGCCAAGAGGAAAAAGAGAAGAGGCCAGAUCUAUAUGCAUUGGCUAUGGGCUACUCUGGGCAGUUGAAAAGUAGAAAGUCAUACAUGAUACCUGAAAAUGAGUUUCAUCACAAAGACCCCCCUCCGAGGAAUGCAGUUGCCAGUAUACAAAAUGGGCCUGGCGGUGGGCCUUCUUCAUCGUCAGUAGGAAGUGCAUCUAAAUCGGAUGAAAGCAGUACCGAGGAGACUGAUAAAUCAAGGGAGAGAUCUCAGUGUGGUGUGAAAGCAGUUAAUAAAGCUUCUAGUGCCACACCAAAAGGGAAUUCAAGCAAUGGAAAUAGUGGCUCUAACAGCAGCAAAGCUGUUAAAGAAAAUGACAAAGAAAAAGGGAAAGAGAAAGAAAAAGAGAAAAAAGAAAAGACUCCAACUACUACUCCAGAGGCCCGAGUACUUGGUAAAGAUGGUAAAGAAAAACCGAAGGAAGAACGGCCAAGUAAAGAUGAAAAAGCAAGAGAGACGAAGGAAAGAACACCUAAGUCUGACAAAGAGAAAGAAAAAUUCAAGAAGGAAGAAAAAGCUAAAGAUGAGAAAUUCAAGACCACUGUCCCCAAUGUAGAAUCAAAGUCAACUCAAGAAAAGGAAAGAGAGAAGGAGCCAUCCAGAGAAAGAGAUAUAGCAAAGGAAAUGAAAUCAAAGGAAAAUGUUAAAGGAGGAGAGAAAACACCAGUUUCUGGGUCCUUGAAGUCACCUGUUCCCCGAUCAGAUAUUGCAGAGCCUGAAAGGGAACAAAAACGUCGCAAAAUUGAUACCUACCCUUCUCCAUCACAUUCCUCAACAGUAAAGCUGGUUUAUUUCCAGGUUACAGCCAUACUUCCCAAAGUUCCUCUGGGUUCUGAGAACUAUGCCAGCUCACCUGUCAUCUCCAUUCAUUUUCUACAGGACAGUCUCAUCGAACUCAAGGAGUCUUCAGCAAAGCUCUACAUUAAUCAUACUCCUCCACCACUGUCCAAGAGUAAGGAGAGAGAAAUGGACAAGAAAGAUUUGGACAAGUCGAGGGAAAGAUCCAGAGAAAGAGAAAAAAAAGAUGAAAAGGACAGGAAAGAGCGGAAAAGGGAUCACUCAAACAAUGACCGAGAAGUGCCACCGGACUUAACCAAGAGGCGGAAAGAGGAAAAUGGAACAAUGGGGGUUUCAAAACACAAAAGUGAGAGUCCGUGUGAGUCUCCUUAUCCAAAUGAGAAAGACAAGGAAAAAAAUAAGUCAAAAUCUUCAGGCAAAGAAAAAGGCGGUGACUCAUUUAAAUCUGAAAAAAUGGAUAAAAUCUCCUCUGGUGGCAAAAAGGAGUCCAGGCAUGAUAAAGAAAAGAUAGAAAAGAAAGAGAAACGGGACAGUUCAGGAGGAAAGGAAGAGAAGAAACAUCAUAAGUCCUCGGACAAGCACAGAUAAUGAAGACUUUCAAUCAAGGGUAUGGACAGGCCCCUAAGCUGAAGGUCUCCCAGAGGAGGAUGCCACAGCUCCAUGCGUCACUCUCAGAACGAUAUCUCCUAUAAUUAAGAGCUUCUGGUGCUGUCCAUUUAACGGGAAUCUGCUUUAAAUCAGAAGAUGAAUACACACCACCAUCCUCUUGACGAGACAUUCCAAAGUCACUGAUUUUCAGAACAUUAUUUUCACCUCCAGGCAGUUUCUUGCAACAAGGUCCCUGUGUAUACAAUUUUUACUCGAGAUUCGCCAUCCAGAAGCAGCAUCUAAUGAAAUUUCACUAACUGUUUUAGUUCAUCCUUCUUUCUCAGAAAGGAGAGGAAAUCACCUCCUGGAACCAGUUCCUUAAUCAUGUAGAUAGGCUGUAUUUGUGUGCGAACUUUGAUAAGUUUGACAAUAUUGGGAUGAUUAUAUUGCUUGAGGAUUUUGGCUUCUUGUAAAAAUUUUAAUUUCAGUUCCUGGGAAGGAUCAUCUUCACAUGUUUUAACAGCAAUAGCAGUUUUAUCCUUUAAUGUACCCUUAAAUGUGUCAUCAGAAUUUCCCUUGCCCAGUAAUUGUGACAUCUUCAUGAUUGAGAAUGCAUUUUUUAGUCUAAUUAUGAUCAUGCUGAUACCGUGAUUCUCUUUAUUGGAACAUUGACUUUUUUUGCAUUUAAAAAAAUUGAGAUGAAAUUCUUAUAAAAUAUGCCAUUUAAAAGUGGUUUUUAGUAUAUCCCUGUGUUGUACCCAUCACCAGUAAUUCCAGAACAUCUCCAUCACCCUCAGAAGAGACCCUGCAUCUGUUAGCAGUCACCCCCGAUUCUCUCCUUCCUGCAGCCCCUGGAAACAACUAAUGUAUUUUCUGUCUCUAUGGACUUGCCUGUUUUGGACAUUUCAUAAAAAUGAAAUCAUGCAAUAUGUGGCCUUUUGUUAUAUGUGGCUUCUUUCACUUAGCAUCAUGUUUUCAAGGUUCAUCCAUGUUGUAGCAUGUAUCAGAACUUGAUUUCUUUUUAUAACUGAAUACUAUUCCAUUGUAUGGUUGUGUACCACAUUUUGUUUAUCCAUUCAUCAGUGAUGAACAGGAACAAUGAUUUUUAAGUAUUAAAACUGUAAGUUCAACAUUAAUGUAUCUAUAAUUAUAAUUGGUAAUGUCAAGAUUAUACAUGGUGUGAACAGAAUACUGUAUAGAAACGAUAUGUAAAUUAUUUGUCAGCAUAUCAUGCAAGUGUGAUUAUUUUUUAAGGCCCUUCUAGCUCUGGUUUUAUGAAAUAUGUGAAUGUAGUAUUUUCAUCAAUAAAGUUUAAUGCGUUAAGCAUUAGAUUAAAAUUUGAACGAGAACAAUGUUAGGCAGAUAUGAAGUUAUUUGCCACAUGUUGUAAUGAUCAUGUUUUGAAUUUAUUUCAAUAUGCAGUAUUUGAAAAAUGUCAAUACAUAAAGGAAAGGAAAUGAGUAUAAUUAAGUCAAUAUAUUUUUAAAGCAAUUUUUAUAAUUUAGCAGACAUUGCAUCUUAAUAUAAGUAACUAUUAAAAUCAUGUCCUUGUGAAAAAUGUGAUGUCAUUUUUCUCUUUUUUUGUUGAUCAUGUAAAAUUGGUUCCUUUUCAUGGUUAUGUGUUCUGUUUACUUUUGACAAGCUAUUGCUUGUCCCUGUGGAAUUCUAUUUCAUUUUUUCCUCCCUCCCCUCCCCCCACUCCCCCUUUCCCUCCCUCACAGACAAAAUGUUCUGUGGUUUGUUUUUUUUAAAUUCAUCAUAAUGUGCCCAUCUUUAAUGAUUUCUGAGAAUAGGCAAUAAGAAAUACACAAAUAUUUCAUCCUUAUUUAGGGACUUAAUUCAAGCCUUUGUUAUUGACAGAACUCAUUGAUUUUCUUAAAUCUUCCUUCCUUCCUUCCUUCCUCCCUCCCUCCCUCCCUCCCUUCCUUCCUUCCUUCCUCCUCCUCCUCUCCUCCCUUCUUCCCUCCCUCCCUCCCUCCCUCCUCCUUUCAUCUGUCCCUCCUUCCCCCUUCCAUCCAUCCCCUCUCCUUCCUCCCUGCCCCCCCACCACUGCCUUCCUUAUCUAUCAAUAUAAUCACUUUGUUUCUUUCAGGUGAGAUUGGAAUGGAACUGUUCAGCUGUGACCAGAAAUAUAUUUUCCUGAGUAGAUUGCCAAGAAUUAUGAAUGAAGAGGGCCUAUUUACAUCUCCUUAAAUUAUUCAAUUAUCUGCUUUAUUGCUCCAUGCCGAAAACUUAAAAUUGUUGAGUUGUGCAUUAUCGUAUUUAACUUGUUGCUUAGUUUCUACAUGUUUAUUUUCAGUAAAUGGCUGAAAGUGUUAACUUCCAUAUUUUUAGCACAAUGUGCUGCAUACAGUUUCUAACAAGCAAAUAAGGUUACAUAUGUACAGAAUUUCACUUUAGGUUAACUAAAUAUUGCCUGAGUUUAGUUUUUUUUUUGUUUUUUUUUUCAAUUUGAAAUGCUUCCUUUUCAUUGUUUGAAAUGGAAAAUAAACAAUUAUUGAACCAUUCUGAAUUUACCUCAUUUAAAAACUCAGUUUUAAUUUAUUAUUUGGCCUGUUUUUAAUAUUAGUAAAAAAAACAAAGUGGGAGCAGUGUCUUAUGCAAUGCCUAGGAAUCAUUUUAUAUACUAUGUGUAUGACAUUAAAACCUGUUAAAAAAAAAAAAACCUGUUUGAAAAAAAAAAGGUACCAAAAAAAAAAAAAGAAAAAAAGGUACUAGCACUCACUUGUCCCUUGCCAUUUUUUCUUGUAUUUAUGUUAGAAAAAUCUGGGCGGGGGGAUCGAAAGUUAAUUGUGUUUUAACUCUACAGCUACAGGAGCUUUGUAUUGCUUAACUUUAAUCUGGAAAAGUUUCACAGUGACAUUUUUAAAAGAAAGGUUUUUUAUCUAAUGAAUUCUACCCAUGUAACCCUUUUUCUAAAUAAACAAUAGUUUUCUCAAAUGAUUGUA